AUGGGCAGAAUCAAUCUGACCGCCCUUAAUGUGCGGAAGACUUCUCUCGCCAGAGUCCGAGCGAGACAACUCCCAUUCAAACCAUCCUGGGUCGAUGCCGUUGCCGACAUUCCUCCUGCACAAAUAUUGACGCGGCCGCAACCCAUCCAACAUCCCGUGACGCACACUCGCACGAGAACUCUCCCCAAUGGAACCACAGAGCAAUACUCGGUCGCCACCGAGCAAAAAAAGUCCAAAGCCGCAGCAAAAAACAGACAUCUCUUCACUCCCCGCAAAAUCCGCUACGAAGAGGACUCCCUGCGGAGGAGAUUCUUCAGUGAUCACCCCUGGGAGCUAGCGCGGCCACGAGUGGUGCUGGAGACCGACGGGAAUCAACAGAAAUACGCAGACUGGUCAAGAGGCCUCAUGCAACCGGGGAUCGCGCUCUCCGGCGAGUCCGUGGUCCAGCGACAGCUGUGGCUGCUCGAGAACAUCCCCGACAUCACACUGGCUCAGGCCUACGACAUCGCCCGCAAGGAGUUCUAUGCGCUACGGCGGCGAGAAGAGACUAGGGACAGGAUCGCCGCAGAGGAGGCCCGCCACAUGGGCGCACGGUUUGGCAUGUCUUACGGCGAGGUGAGCAUGAAGAUCGAAGGUGCCAUCUACGACGACUGGGAGAAAUGGGCCCGUGAGCAGCUGGUGCUGCAGAUGUCCAGAACGGCCGCUUUCGAGGGUACGGCUGGCAUGCAGGUGGAACAAGAGGUGGUGGAGGAAAAUGCAGGGGAUGAAGGUCAGGGUGCGGAAACUCCAUCUUCGAGUCUUGGAAGGGAUGCGUUUGCCAGAGAGGCCAAGAGCGCCCCUCGUGUGAUAGACCAACGAUAG